CUAAAUCUAAACUCUAAGUAUCAUGAAAAGUUAAAGAUCUUUGAUCAAUCUUGGUGUAAUAAAAAAUGGAAAAUACCACUAGAUCUCCUCAGAAUCCAAAACAAAAUCCAACUGAUCCUGUUUUUGGGUGUUUUCAUAAGUUGAUGAAUCUUAUCGUUAUCAAUGUCUUCUCCUUUUAAAUAGAGACUGCAACGAGUUUUUCAGAUUCCAUCACAAACAUAUUUGCUUAGAAGUCUAUAAUAUUUUCUUAGAAGUUUUUGAGAUGGCUGGUGAAGUUCCAAAUUUGGAAGCGUCGAAGUUAACAGCUUUGGUCGUCGAUGACAACUUUGUAAACCAAAGUGUCCAUCAUAAACUUUUGGACCGUCUCGGGAUUAAAAACGACGUCGUAUCUAACGGCCAAGAAGCCGUUGACGUUCAUUGUUCCGGCAGAAACUAUGAUCUCAUCCUCAUGGACAUGGAUAUGCCCAUCAUGAAUGGUAUUCAGGCCACAAGGAGACUAAGAGAGAUGGGGAUAGAGAGCAAGAUAGCAGGAGUAACAACUAGAGCUGAGGAAGAAGAGGUGAAAGAGUUUAUGGAAGCUGGACUUAAUGACUUUCAAGAGAAACCUCUCACCAUUUCUAAACUUGUCUCUAUUCUUCAUAAUCUUGAGCUCUACGUCCAAACCUAGUUAAUAAUAUCUAUUUGUUAACCUUCACUUUAUAACAUACUUAUAGUUUUGAAUAUCCAUAGUUUCAAAUAGUAA